AUGUCUUUGUUUACUGCUUACACAUUCAACAGUCUCCAAUUUGCUAUGCAAUACAACUAUCUAGAACUUUCAGACGACGUUAAGGAUUUAAGACGAGAUUAUGAUCUCCUCUUGCGAGGGCUAGCUGAAUUAUGUGUUUACUCCAACAGUCGGCCCAUUGCCAAUAGAUAUCUUAAUAUACCCUCUUGCUUGCUAAGCAAACUGUCAAAUGCUAAACUCACAAAGACCGAAUACGGGACAUGCGAUGAUGACUGUAAGAACCAAAGCGAAACAAACCAGGAGGUAGCGCCAAAUGCCCACUGA